UCGCAGCUCACUUCAUUUCCUUUGAAUAGACGAAGGAGAAGACCUCCGCUUUCCCUCUCUCUAGAUCUCUCUCUGCGCUCCUCUCUCCUUCUCCGAGGGAUUGAGGGUUUCUCUUUGUUGCUCCAGAUCUCGAACUUCCUGCCGACGCGUUCCCUUGUUGCCUCUCGAUUAAUCGAUCCUUUUUUCAGAUCCGGAGCGCUGAUCUCGAACUAUUGGUUGAUUCGCCGCCAUGGCUGCCGCAAACGCUCCGAUCACCAUGAAGGAAGCCCUAACGUUGACUAGCUUAGGGAUCAAUCAGCAGUUCAUUACCUUCACCAAUGUUACCAUGGAAUCGGAGAAGUACAUUUGCGUCCGUGAAACAGCACCUCAGAAUAGUGUGGUCAUUAUUGAUAUGACCAUGCCGAAUCAGCCGUUAAGGCGGCCAAUUACUGCUGAUUCUGCACUUAUGAAUCCGAAUUCUCGAAUCUUGGCUCUAAAAGCUCAACUUCCUGGAACCACUCAAGAUCAUUUGCAAAUAUUUAACAUUGAAGCGAAAGCAAAGAUAAAGUCACAUCAGAUGCCUGAGCAGGUAGUAUUUUGGAAGUGGAUUACCCCCAAAAUGCUGGGUUUAGUCACGCAAUCCUCAGUGUAUCACUGGUCAAUUGAAGGCGAAUCUGAACCUGUGAAAAUGUUCGAUAGAACUGCCAAUUUAGCCAACAACCAAAUAAUCAAUUAUAAAUGUGAUCCUUCUGAGAAGUGGUUGGUUCUGAUUGGGAUUGCUCCUGGUUCACCUGAGCGGCCUCAACUUGUCAAAGGAAGUAUGCAGCUGUUUUCUGUGGAACAGCAGCGUAGUCAAGCACUUGAAGCUCAUGCUGCAGCAUUUGCUACUUUUAAAGUUCCAGGGAAUGACAAGGACUCUAUCUUGAUAUCUUUUGCAACAAAAACUUCUAAUGCUGGCCAGAUAACAUCUAAGUUGCAUGUUAUUGAGCUUGGUGCUCAGCCAGGUAAACCUGCUUUUACUAAAAAGCAGGCAGAUCUUUUCUUCCCUCCUGAUUUUGCAGAUGAUUUUCCAGUGGCCAUGCAGAUAUCACAUAAGUUCGGUCUUAUUUAUGUGAUUACCAAACUUGGGCUGCUCUUUGUGUACGACCUGGAAACUGCUGCAGCUGUAUAUAGAAAUAGGAUCAGUCCUGAUCCCAUCUUUCUGACCUCUGAAGCUUCAUCAGUUGGUGGUUUCUAUGCAAUUAAUAGGCGUGGCCAAGUUCUACUUGCUACAAUCAAUGAUGCGACUAUUGUGCCUUUUGUCAGUGGACAAUUAAACAAUCUGGAGCUUGCUGUCAAUCUUGCCAAAAGAGGAAACCUUCCUGGUGCUGAGAAUUUGGUUGUCCAGCGCUUCCAAGAGUUGUUUGCUCAGACCAAGUAUAAGGAGGCUGCGGAGCUUGCGGCUGAAUCUCCUCAGGGCAUCCUCCGGACUCCUGAAACUGUUACAAAAUUUCAGAGUGUUCCUGUUCAAGCUGGGCAGACUCCUCCGUUGUUGCAGUACUUUGGAACAUUGUUAACUAAGGGAAAGCUUAAUGCAUUUGAGUCGUUGGAGUUGUCUCGUCUCGUUGUCAACCAGAACAAGAAGAAUUUGUUGGAGAACUGGUUAGCUGAAGACAAACUGGAAUGCAGUGAGGAACUUGGUGACCUUGUGAAGACUGUUGACAAUGAUCUUGCACUGAAAAUAUAUAUUAAAGCUAGAGCUACACCCAAAGUUGUUGCAGCCUUUGCCGAGCGUCGGGAGUUCGACAAGAUCUUAAUAUACUCAAAGCAGGUUGGGUAUACACCAGACUAUCUGUUCCUUUUGCAAACUAUUCUCCGAUCAGAUCCUCAGGGAGCCGUCAAUUUUGCCCUUAUGAUGUCACAAAUGGAGGGAGGUUGCCCUAUUGAUUAUAAUACCAUUACAGACCUUUUUCUUCAGAGGAACAUGAUUCGUGAAGCCACAGCUUUUCUAUUGGAUGUUCUGAAACCAAAUCUUCCAGAGCAUGCCUACCUGCAAACUAAGGUCCUGGAGAUCAAUCUUGUUACAUUUCCUAAUGUGGCGGAUGCUAUUUUAGCAAAUGGUAUGUUUAGUCACUAUGACCGGCCGCGCAUUGCACAACUCUGUGAGAAAGCAGGUCUUUAUGUGCGAGCUCUUCAGCAUUACUCUGAACUGCCUGACAUCAAGCGUGUCAUUGUGAAUACUCAUGCAAUUGAGCCACAGGCACUUGUGGAGUUCUUCGGGACGCUAUCUAAGGAAUGGGCUCUGGAAUGUAUGAAGGAUCUGUUACUGGUCAAUCUUAGAGGAAAUCUUCAGAUAAUUGUCCAGGUUGCAAAAGAAUACUGUGAACAGUUGGGUGUGGAGGCGUGUAUCAAGCUCUUUGAGCAGUUCAAAUCAUAUGAAGGACUGUAUUUCUUCUUGGGUUCCUAUUUGAGCUCCAGUGAGGAUCCUGAUAUUCACUUUAAGUACAUUGAAGCUGCUGCAAAGACUGGACAAAUUAAAGAGGUUGAGCGUGUAACCCGAGAAUCGAACUUCUAUGAUCCCGAAAAAACUAAAAACUUCUUAAUGGAAGCAAAACUUCCCGAUGCACGGCCACUGAUCAAUGUGUGUGACCGCUUUGGUUUUGUCCCUGAUCUCACACAUUAUUUGUACACCAACAACAUGCUUCGCUAUAUUGAAGGCUAUGUACAAAAGGUCAAUCCUGGAAACGCCCCAUUGGUUGUUGGUCAGCUUCUAGAUGAUGAGUGUCCUGAAGAUUUUAUCAAAGGUCUGAUCCUUUCUGUCCGCUCCUUGCUUCCAGUUGAGCCUUUGGUUGAGGAGUGUGAAAAAAGGAACCGACUUCGUCUGCUUACUCAGUUUUUGGAGCAUCUUGUGAGUGAAGGAAGCCAAGAUGUGCACGUCCACAAUGCUCUGGGUAAAAUUAUUAUAGAUAGCAACAACAAUCCAGAACAUUUUCUCACUACCAAUCCGUAUUAUGAUUCACGGGUUGUGGGCAAGUACUGUGAGAAACGUGAUCCAACCCUUGCUGUUGUUGCGUACCGGAGGGGACAAUGUGAUGAUGAACUUAUCAAUGUUACAAACAAGAAUUCAUUGUUUAAGCUGCAAGCCAGGUAUGUGGUUGAAAGAAUGGAUGGUGAUCUGUGGGCGAAGGUACUGGAUCCUGAAAAUGAAUUCAGAAGGUUGCUAAUUGAUCAAGUCGUAUCUACUGCUUUGCCUGAAAGCAAAAGCCCGGAGCAAGUUUCUGCUGCUGUUAAAGCUUUCAUGACAGCUGAUCUUCCUCACGAACUGAUUGAAUUGCUUGAAAAGAUUGUGCUGCAGAAUUCUGCAUUCAGUGGGAACUUCAAUUUGCAGAACUUGCUUAUAUUAACCGCCAUCAAGGCCGAUCCUUCGAGAGUUAUGGAUUAUGUGAAUAGACUUGAUAACUUUGAUGGCCCUGCUGUUGGAGAAGUUGCUGUUGAAGCCCAAUUGUACGAGGAAGCUUAUGCUAUUUUCAAGAAGUUCAACUUGAAUGUUCAGGCUGUCAAUGUUUUGUUAGAUAACAUCCGUGACAUUAACCGGGCUGUAGAAUUUGCCUUCCGUGUUGAGGAAGACGCUGUCUGGAGUCAGGUGGCUAAGGCUCAAUUGCGGGAAGGAUUAGUCAGUGAUGCAAUUGAAUCAUUCAUCCGAGCUGAUGAUGCAACUCAAUUCCUGGAAGUCAUUCGAGCUGCAGAGGAUGGAGAAGUGUAUCACGACCUGGUGAAGUAUCUGCUCAUGGUUAGGGAGAAAACGAAGGAACCCAAAGUGGACAGCGAGCUCAUCUAUGCAUAUGCUAAGAUUGAUAGGCUGGGUGAUAUUGAAGAAUUUAUUCUCAUGCCUAAUGUUGCCAAUCUGCCGAAUGUCGGCGAUCGUUUGUAUGAUGAAGCUCUAUAUGAGGCUGCCAAGAUAAUUUUUGCUUUUAUCUCCAACUGGGGCAAAUUGGCAAGCACUCUUGUGAAAUUGAAGCAGUUCCAAGGAGCUGUUGAUGCUGCACGGAAAGCCAACAGCGCAAAGACAUGGAAGGAAGUCUGCUUCGCAUGUGUCGAUGCUGAGGAGUUCCGGUUGGCUCAAAUUUGUGGUCUUAACAUAAUUGUGCAGGUUGAUGACCUGGAAGAAGUUAGCGAGUUUUAUCAAAACAGAGGAUGCUUUAAUGAGCUUAUAUCUUUAAUGGAGAGUGGUUUAGGAUUGGAACGUGCACACAUGGGCAUCUUUACCGAGCUGGGUGUCCUUUAUGCGAGAUAUCGCCAUGAGAAGCUCAUGGAGCACAUCAAAUUGUUCUCUACUCGUCUGAAUAUUCCCAAGCUCAUUCGGGCUUGUGAUGAACAGCAACACUGGAAAGAGCUGACUUACCUGUACAUUCAGUACGACGAAUAUGAUAAUGCGGCAACCACUGUCAUGAAUCAUUCGCCGGAAGCUUGGGAUCACAUGCAGUUCAAAGAUAUCAUUGUCAAGGUUGCCAAUGUCGAGCUUUAUUACAAAGCGGUGCACUUCUACCUGCAAGAGCACCCUGAUCUCAUCAAUGAUGUUUUGAAUGUUCUCGCUCUUCGCGUGGACCAUACCCGAGUUGUGGACAUAAUGAGAAAGGCUGGCCACCUACGACUUGUGAAACCAUAUAUGGUUGCUGUUCAGAGCAACAAUGUGACAGCUGUGAACGACGCUCUUAAUGAAAUUUAUGUGGAAGAAGAAGACUAUGACAGGCUACGCGAAUCAAUAGACUUGCACGAUAACUUUGAUCAGAUUGGCCUCGCACAAAAGAUUGAGAAGCAUGAGCUUCUUGAGAUGAGACGUGUAGCUGCCUAUAUCUACAAGAAGGCAGGCAAGUGGAAGCAAUCAAUUGCCUUGUCGAAGAAAGACAACCUUUACAAAGAUGCAAUGGAAACAGCUUCACAAUCCGGUGACCGUGAACUUGCUGAAGAACUACUUGUUUACUUCAUUGAUCAGGGUAAGAAGGAAUGCUUCGCAUCGUGCCUCUUUGUCUGUUACGACUUAAUCCGCCCAGAUAUUGCACUCGAACUUGCCUGGAUGAACAACAUGAUCGACUUCGCCUUCCCAUACCUGUUACAGUUCAUCCGAGAAUACACAGGCAAAGUUGAUGAGUUAAUUAAGGACAAGAUCGAAAACAUGAACGACGCUAAAGCCAAAGAAAGUGAGGAGAAGGAAGUUAUGAAGCAACAGAAUAUGUAUGCUCAAUUACUUCCUCUUGCUCUGCCUGCGCCUCCCGGCAUGGGAGGCCCGGGAAUGGGAGGAGGUUUUGGUGGCCCACCCCCACCUAUGGCCGGGAUGGGGAUGCCACCAAUGCCCCCAUUCGGCAUGCCACCUAUGGGGUCCUACUAAUGCGGUGUAUGAUUUCGUGGUUGGUGAUCGAGCUAGUAAGAAACAAUGCUGCAUUCAUACUAAAUAUAUAUAUAUUACUGUACACUGGUGUGUUUUUCCUUCUCACAUUUGUGGAAAUCGACAGGCGAAAACUUAGCUCUGCUUAGCAAAAAUAAUGCGGGGAAUUCAAUGUGUCUAUGUUUGUCUAUCUGUUUGUUUGUUUGUGUUAGGGUGUGGAUAUAUUUUCGUUGUAAUAUUCUUUAGUAGCGGAGGCAUUUUUUUGCAGCUUUAGGCGACGGAGCUGAGGUUAAUUUGUGCUUUGUAAAACAAGAGGACACAUUUUAUACUGAUUAUUUUUUGUUUUU